UUGGCUUCUCCCAUCCGCAGGUGCCGUAACCCCCCCGCAAAAACCCUAACCCAAAAGGGAAGAACAGAACAGGCCAAUACAUAUCACAGGCGAGAAGGAAAAUAAAAAUCAACCGCCUACUCGUGCUCGCGAGAGAUGGAACACGACGCAGAGAUGGCCUCGCCGAUCUCCUCCGAUAUGGUCACCGCCGCGGACGACUGGGCUGCGCGCGAUGACUUUGAGGAUUCGCCAGCGGAGUCCCACGCCCAUCCCCCGGCGGGAGCUGGGGCUGCGGCCGCGGUCACCGAAGACGAAGCCCGAGAGGAGGCCCCACCAGCUCCUCCCUCCGAAGAUGCCAAUGGAAUUGAAUCAACUCUUCAGUCACUGGAGUUGCAGCCAAGUGAUGCCCCACACAAUAGGGUUCAAAUAGAGGCAGAGGAGCGAAAUAGGAAACGACACUUGAAUGUAGUGUUCAUUGGCCAUGUCGAUGCUGGCAAGUCAACAGCUGGAGGCCAGAUAUUGUUCUUAAGUGGUCAAGUAGAUGAUCGGACAAUCCAGAAAUAUGAAAAGGAAGCGAAGGACAAAAGUCGAGAGAGCUGGUACAUGGCUUACAUUAUGGAUACAAAUGAAGAAGAACGGGCAAAGGGGAAGACUGUUGAAGUUGGGAGAGCUCAUUUUGAGACUGAAACUACAAGGUUCACUAUUUUAGAUGCACCGGGCCAUAAAAGUUACGUUCCGAACAUGAUAAGUGGUGCAUCUCAAGCUGACAUUGGUGUUUUGGUGAUAUCUGCUCGCAAAGGUGAAUUUGAAACUGGGUAUGAAAGAGGAGGGCAGACUCGUGAACAUGUGCUGCUGGCAAAAACUUUAGGUGUUUCUAAGUUGAUUGUGGUCAUAAAUAAGAUGGAUGAUCCUACCGUUGGCUGGUCUAAAGAAAGAUAUGACGAAAUAGAAGGCAAAAUGACUCCUUUCCUUAAAUCAUCUGGGUACAAUGUCAAGAAAGAUGUUCAAUUCUUACCAAUCUCUGGUCUUCUGGGAUCUAAUAUGAAGACACGAUUGGAUAAAAGUAUUUGUAGCUGGUGGAAUGGUCCUUGUCUUUUUGAACUAAUGGACUGCAUCGAAGUUCCUCUGCGAGAUCCCAAAGGUCCAGUAAGAUUGCCAAUCAUGGAUAAAUAUAAAGAUAUGGGCACUGUGGUAAUGGGAAAAAUAGAGUCUGGGACUAUAUCUGAGGGUGAUAAUUUGGUGAUUAUGCCAAAUAAGGCCAAUGUGAAAGUCAUUAGUGUAUACUGUGAUGAAGACAAAGUUAGAAGCGCUUCACCUGGUGAGAAUGUCCGUGUCAAAUUAUCAGGAAUUGAAGAGGAGGACAUUGCUGCUGGUUUUGUUCUGUCAAAUAUCGGAAAUCCUGUUGGUGCUGUAUCUGAGUUUAAUGCUCAACUGCAGAUAUUGGAGUUGCUUGACAAUGCAAUCUUCACUGCUGGCUACAAGGCCGUGUUGCAUAUCCAUUCUGUGGUCGAGGAGUGUGAGAUUGUAGAGCUCAUAGAGGAAAUUGACCUGAAGAAGAAGAAAGAAAGUGACCCAAAGAAGAGAAAGCCAAAGAAGAAACCUCUUUUUGUGAAGAACGGAGCUGUCGUUGUUUGCCGCAUUCAGGUCAGUAACUUGAUUUGUAUUGAGAACUUCUCUGACUCUCCACAGCUUGGAAGAUUUACACUCCGGACAGAAGGCAAAACAAUUGCUGUAGGAAAAGUUGUGGCUGUUCCACCGACCGGGAUCUCAACAUUUAAAGCUUAAACCAAUUUUCCAGAGGGUGGGUACAAGAAUACUACUUUUUGUGGCUCAGGUCUCCUAUGUUCUGCUUUCUUGUAGCUUGGAGAUGAAUUAUCUUUUUGGAAAAUUGCACGUGUCACCCACGUACUCUUCCUCUUAAAGGCUGCAAUCUGUUUUAUAUACCUGAAAUUUGUGCACAAAUGUGAGCUCAUCUCAGACAAACCUGGUUCGGAUUGUAAAAUAUCACCAUCCAAAGUACGCGUUGCUUUUGUAGUUUAGACAUUAUAUCUUUAUAUAUUUACUCUGAUGUAUUUGGUGCCAGGGGGUGGUCAGCAAGUUUCGUUGCAAUUGUUAUGGAGCUUCAUUUUUCCACCCCAGGCGUAAUGAGUAAUGAACAAGCUUGAUUGUUGCCAAGUGUUCGAGGGUGUGAAACCGUAAUCAAUGUACACAAGCCCCGUAACUAAUACAUUAAAAGUUUACUCACUUUGCUACCAUUUAUACAAAUUUUCAUUAUUCUCUGAGAUGUCUACAGUGUGGAUUGUAUCGCGGUGACUUUUGGUUUAUAAGGAAAUGUAAUUCCCGAUGGUGCGA